GGUGGCCCGUCCAGCCAGAUUGCCAUGUGGCGUCCGUCAGUAAAAGCAACCCAGAGCCACCUGCUGUACCAUGUCGACGGGUGUGGACGAGGACCAGUUUGGAAUCUGACAUGCUGCGAGCGUGUGUGCUUUGUGUCCUGGCUUGCGCUGCCGCCGCCGCUGCCGACGCGCGGUGGGCGACGUUCCUGGCUUUACCCAACAUCACGUCCAUUGAAACCACUGUGACCACGGGUGACGAGCGAUACCUGGACGUGCUGUACAACGGCGAAGAGAGCCGCGAGACCUUUCUCAUUACACCCGACUUGACACUGGACGACGUCGUCCUGCCCGAGGGCCUGCGCAAGUUUUCCCUCACGCGCGUGAAUUUGGCCGCUCUUCCCGACGGAUUUCAAUGGCCAUCGACCGUCGACACGAUUGACCUGUCGUCGAAUGCCUUGACGAGUGUACCGACCGACUUGAUGUGGCCCGACGAGCUCAAGACUUUGUCCCUUGCCAACAACCACUUGGCAGACUGUGUUGCAAACUUGCCUGCGUCCGUGACGUCGCUAGACCUCGGCGAGAACGAAUUGAGUUGCAUCGACCAGUGCGAAUGGCCCGAUGCGCUCGAAGCGCUCACGUUGUCUGGCAACCCGUUGAAUGCCGUCGAACCCACGCAAUCGUGGCCUGCCCAGCUCAAAGAACUGCGCAUGGACAACACGCAGCUCGACAGUGUGCCACCAAAUCUUCCCUCGUGCCUCCAGCAACUGCACUUGACCAACAACCACAUUGCAGCUUUUCCAAAGAACCUCCCGUCGUCGCUCGAAUCCUUGUCGCUCUCGUACAACUCGAUCAAGUCGGUGCCUGCCGCCCUGGACCGCUUCCCCAACCUGAGCGUCUUGCAACUCGACAACAACCAGCUCACGUCGCUGCCGGCCAAGUUGGCCUUGCCCACGGGGUUCCGCAUGCUGAGUUUGUCCAACAACAUGCUCAAGUCGCUGCCGGCCAACUGCAAUUCGUGGCUCGCCAACAUUGAAAUCUCGAUCGAGUUGGACGGCAACCAGCUCACGGCGCUGCCGUCGAACGUUCAGUUUCCCGACGAGACAAACCUGGCCAACAACAAGAUCAAGGUGCUCCAGAACAUGGCGCUGCCCAAGACAUUCCGCAUGGCCAACAAUCCCCUCGAACGCAUCUCCCGCGUGCGUGUGGCGGACGGCAGCUUCUGGCAAACCUCGCCCGCCACCCUCAAGUCGUUCUCCAUGGACGAUGCGUCGUUUGCGGUCCUGGAAAACAUGAUGUAUGGCUUCUCCAGCAUUGAAUGGACCGUCGACGCCAAGUCCGCUGCCGCCGCGUGCAAGGCCGAGUCGGGCGUGCUCAAGCCUUUGAACGACGGAAAGCUCCGUGUGUGUGUCGUCCCUGGUGCGCGGCGCUAACUCGUGAAAGAAUGAAAUUUUCCUUUUCAACGUGCGUCUCAAC